UGGUUUGACCCGGAUACAGGGAUAGGACGCUUGCGUGGAAAGCGCAUGCGCACUCGUGUCCAAAAGAGUGAAAGUUCUAACAGCAGCUGUUUGACAGCAGAAGGCGCGUGCAUGUGUUUACUGUUGCGUUGCCACCCACACCAUCAGGAGCGAUUUUAGAGCUCUGUCAGAUAAAGAUGAAGAUUGCUGUUCUCGGCGCGACAGGUCAGACCGGACAGCAGCUGGUCAGCCAGGCUCUUCAGCAGGGACACUGCGUCACGGCCGUCGUCAGAAACACGGCGAAACUGACGCUGAUGCACGAGAACCUCAAGGUGGUUGAAGCAGACAUUUUCUCAGAGGACAGCCUGAAACCGCACUUCCAAGGUCAGGAUGCUGUGUUGUCCUGUCUUGGCUUUCCAAUCUCAUUUUUUUACGGAGUCACUGGCUACACCCAGUCUAUGAAGGCAGCAUUAAAUGCAAUGCGUGGAGUCAAAGUAAAUCGAAUCAUCACCAUGACCUCUUGGUACACUGACCCUGAUUCAGGCUCCAAUUCUUCCUAUCUCAUCCGCUUCAUGUUGCUUCCCAUGAUUAGAAGUGUUUUGAACAACAUGUAUGAAAUGGAAAACUUUCUCAAGCAGACUGACGACAUAAACUGGACUGUUGUCCGUCCUCCUGGUCUGAAGAAUAUGCCAACAACAGCCAACGAGUUCCUCACUCAUGAAGGUUAUUUUGUCCCUGAUGAAAAUGGUCUGCCGGUCGGUCAGUCUGUGUCAAGAGGAGAUGUGGCUCGUUUCAUGCUCUCUCUACUCAGUAACAAUGCUUGGAUGAAGAAAGCUGUUGCUAUCAUCACCAAAUGAGUUUGCACUUCACUUUAUCAUUACUUUUAUAUCACUUGCCAAAGAGAUUGUAACUUAAAGUACUUAUUCAGUACAUCUGGCUUUAUGUUACACAUAGCAGUUAACAAAGACUGUCAAAUAAUAUGCUAAUAAUGUUUAUAUACAUACACUUUUCAUAUAUUACUUUGUGAAGAAUUAAAAGGUUAAAUAAAAGGUUUCUCAGUACCAAAGAAGAGUUAGCAGAAUUACAAGAAAAUAUAAUUGAUUAAACCAUAAAACAUUAAGUUGCUGAUUGUUUGGGAUGUUUUGUAAUGUAAACAGAUAUUGAAAUUAAAAUCACAGUUGCAUGUG